AUGGAUAAAUCUGCCGCUGCCGCAUAUAUCGACGACUCGGCGUCUUGGGACACUUUUGGUCUCGAUGCAAGACUCUUGCAAGCAGUCGACCAUUUGGGUUUCAAAACUCCAACCUUGAUUCAAUCUAGUGCAAUUCCACUAGCCUUAGAAGAGAGAAGAGAUGUGAUUGCAAAGUCCAGCACAGGCUCAGGAAAAACUGCAGCAUACUGUAUUCCUAUUUUGCAAAACAUAUUGGCAGAGGAUUCAGGGGAAAAAUGCGUGAAGAGCAUCAUUUUAGUCCCCACUAGGGAACUUUCCAACCAGGUUUCCCAAUUUAUCGAGAAGUUGUUGGUCUAUUGCAACAAUAAAGUGACCACGGUAAACCUUUCAUCGAAUGCAUCAGACCUGGUGAUAAACUCGUUGUUGAUGAGUAAACCUGACAUUUUGGUGUCGACGCCAGCCAAAUUAAUUCAGGUUUUACUGGAGAACCUCAGCAAGAACUUGAUCGAUCUCUCCAAGGUGAAGAACUUGGUCAUUGAUGAAGUAGACUUGGUAUUGUCUUAUGGAUACAUGGAUGACUUACAGGAGCUCGAGAAGUACUUGCCUGUGAAGACAAACUUACAGACGUUCUUGAUGUCUGCCACCAUCAACGACGACUUGAAUGAGUUGAAGAGCAGAUUCUGUUCCAGACCUGCUGUGUUAAAAUUGAACGAGGACAUGUUGGCCAAGUCCAAGCUUGUCCAGUACUAUGCACGGACCACCGAGUUCGACAAGUUCUUGCUAGCGUAUGUAAUUUUCAAGUUGAACUUGAUCAAGGGAAAGACGUUGGUAUUUGUCAACACCAUUGACCGUGGAUACAGAUUAAAGUUGUUCUUGGAACAAUUUGGUAUCCGAUGCUGCAUCUUGAACUCUGAGUUGCCCGUCAACUCCAGAUUGCAUAUCGUGGACGAGUAUAACAAGAAUGUGUACAACCUCUUGAUUGCCACUGACGAGACCAACGACUUUACCUUCGAGAAAGAUGAAGAUGACAACGACGCAAAUACUGAAAACGCCGAACCGGUGUUGAAGAAGGAGGAGGACUCUGAAGAAGGCAGCGAAAAGAAGCUGUCCAAGAAGCUGAAGAAGAAGCAAAAGCUCAAGACGGACAACGAAUACGGAGUCUCUAGAGGUGUGGACUUCAAGAACGUGGCUUGUGUGCUCAAUUUUGACUUACCCACUACAUCCAGAGCUUACGUACACCGGGUGGGAAGAACAGCCAGAGCAGGCAAAGCCGGCAUGGCAUUAUCAUUCGUAAUUCCUGAAAAGGAAAUCGGAAAGCACAGAGUUGCCGGGUUGCCAACAGCCAAGAAGGACGAAAAAGUGUUAAAGAGAAUUGAGAAGCUGCAGGGUAAAAAUGGGUUCGAGUUUAAGCCAUACCAGUUUGACAUGAAGCAGGUAGAAGGAUUCAGAUAUAGAGCUGAGGAUGCUUUCAGAGCAGUGACUUCUGUCGCCAUCAGAGAGGCCAGAGUCCAGGAAUUGAAGAAUGAAUUGCUCAAUAGUGACAAGUUGAAGAGAUUUUUCGAAGAAAAUCCUCAAGAUUUGGCCUCGUUGAGACAUGACAAGGAGUUGCACCCAUCUCGAGUUCAAUCGCAAUUGAAGAGAGUGCCGGAAUACUUGUUGCCAGCCAGCGCUCGCAGCAGUGGACAGAAGGAUCUCGGGUUUGUCCCUUUCAAGAAGAAGGUGCAGAAGAAAAGAAGAAAGGGACGGAAGGCCGACCCAUUGAAGAGAAUGAAGUAG